CAGAUCAGUAGAAGCUUUUGCCAGAAGCGCAUGUCUCGAAAGAAGGAAACGUAAAGAAAAGGAAGGAAGAGAGACUGCAACUAAAUAAUUUUUUUAAUUUGUCAAUUUUUUUUGUGUGAUCCAUCAGAGCAGGCUGGACCUUUUUCUUUGUCGUAAUAUAGUAAAUCGUAAAUAGAAAAGAGUAGUAUAUAGAAAAUUGUCUUAUUACUCCAUAAUAUACAAAACAAAUACUAAAGAUGAGCGAUCUCAAGUUAACUGUAGCUUUGACCAGUGUCAACUCGGAGAAUAUGUCGCGUCACGAUAUGCUUCAAUGGGUCAACAAUACAGUCGAUGGACAGUUCAAAAAGAUCGAAGAGCUAUGUUCCGGUGUAGCCUAUUGCCAGAUGAUGGAGUUAAUAUUUCCCAAUUGCAUUAAUCUGAAGCGUGUCAAAAUGGCCGCCAAAUUGGAACACGAGUGUCUACACAAUUUAAAACUCUUUCAAGCCGCCUUCAUACGUCUCAAGCUGGACAAAACAGUGCCCAUUGAUCGUUUGAUGAAGGGACGUUUUCAGGAUAAUUUUGAAUUUUUACAAUGGUUCAAAAAGUUUUUCGACUCGCAAGGAAUUGGUAAUUUGGAGAAUUUAAAAUCGGCAGCCAAUACCGUGAAGCCGAUUAAGCCGCGUUGCUUUAAGAAAGAGCCCUCUCCAGUGGCAAUCAUUGAAAAUGCAUCCCCAAAUGUCGUCGAUAUAGACGAGUUAAAUGGAGAACUUCAAACAUUGUCCAUUAAAUGUGGAAGCACUGCGGAAUCACGCGAUGAAUGCUAUGCCAAAUUGCGUAACAUUGAAGUGCUAUUGGAUGAUGUGAUGAAGACAAAUCAGCAUAUGGAGUUCUGUAAGCGUUUGUGCGCCGUUCUCUAUGAUCAAGCGCCGGAAGGGGCCAAUGAUAGCAAUGGCAGUGCCAAUGCCAGACCCAGCCUGAGUCCAAGACCAGAAUUAGUCAAUCAAUGUACUGAAUAAUUACAACUUAUAAGACUUAUAUAUGUAUUUACAUUAAAUUUUUGAAUUAUUAUAUACCAUCAA